UACAGUAGUUCAACUAUAUCAUCCCUAACCCCACUUUUUGCUGUCUUCAAAAAAAUAUUUUGUUUUCUUCGGUGAGAUUUUAGAAAUAGGCGUUGAACAAUGACGAGUAACGAUUUAGAUCCCCAUUUAAUAAAAUGCAUAGGCCUAAUGUACGAAAGCCGCAAACUGAAAAAAGGGGAUCCUGUACCACUACAAUAUGUCCUAGAAGAAGCUAUAUAUCAAAAGUAUGGGGUAGUGAAAGACUAUACUGAUUUUUUCCAAAGUCAACUUCCAUCAAGAGAACCCGAAGAGACUAGUGCACCAGCAAGUAUUUUUGGUGACAAAGGCAAUGGUUCUGAUAAUGACUUAGAGUUAGACUUAUUUAAUGAUGACCUUAUGUGUGUGAUUUGUAACAAGAUGGAUGUUGGAGCUCGUAACAGACUGUUGGAAUGCAGUGACUGUCAUGCGCUCUAUCACCAGGAAUGUCACAGACCCGCUGUUGCCGAUGAAGAAAUGUUGGAUACUUGGACAUGUUCAAACUGUAAAAGUAUUAUUAGUUCAAAGAAGCUUAAAACAUCUGAAAAGGAGCAUGUGUCUAAGAGUUCUUCUAGUUCAAAAUCAGGAAGUAGUUCCAGUAGUAGUCAUAAACAUGGUAGCAGUUCCUCGCAUAAGUCAUCAAGCGAUAAAUAUAAAUCGAGUUCCAAAUCUUCAAGUGGAUCAAAAUCAAGUAAUGCAUCUCCAAGUCAUUCUUCGUCUAGAUCUGAUGAUAAAAAGUCUUCAAGCAGCAAGAGUAGCAGCAGCAGCAACAAGAGUUCUUCGUCAAAGUAUUCUGAGAAAAGAAAGCAUGACUGACCUUUGAUUUUAAAGAAAUCUAUAGAUAACCAGACUAUAAAACUAAAAAUUAAAUUACCAAGGUCAAGGAAUGAGCAUUUUUAAAUAUGUAGAUUUAUUAAGUUUACUAAAACAAAACUUUAAUAUAUAUAAAAGAUGCUGAAAUAUAUAGAUAAUGAUAUGAAAAUAAUACUGGAUAUAAAAAAUGUAUAAGUGUACUUAACUGUACUUCUUUCUGCGUAUGUUAUUGAUAGUAGUAAUAAACAUAGGGUGUCUCAAUAUUCCGUGGACAAAGAACUACUACGUAUUUUUGGAAUCAAAAUGAAAAAAAGUUCAUUGGACAUAAGUUGAAAAAUAUUAUACAGUAUAUCCCCGGAUUGUAUUUUCAAUAGGAAAAACAUUCUUAUUAUUGACAUUUUGAGAAAAAUGCAUUCUUCAAAAAAAAAUUUCGCUUGUUCUAAAAUGGUUAAUCCCGUUUAUACUUUUCCAAAUUUCCAUACCGUUUAAAGAAAAUUAGAGAAACAUGAAAUUAUGAUUGAAGUUCUAAAAAUCAAAAGUCGUUUCUGUGGUAAUAUAAUUUAGAUUUUAUUCUUUGAUAGAUGGUUAUUAUUAAUUUUAAUUAACAUCAUAUUCUUUGCUGUUAAAGAAUCAAUUUUCCGAUAACCCCUUUGCGUAGCAUUGAACUAAAUAAAUUUAGUGCUUCUUUAAUAUUUUAAAACAGCAAAAAUAUGACGUUAAUUAAAAUUCUAUUAA